GUCAUCUGUCAAAAUUCGGUCACAAGAAGUGAAUGUAACAAAAUUUGACCAAUUUUUGAGAUGACACACAGUGAAAAACGUACCCAUUGGUUUAAAGAAGGUGGAAUAGGACUUGGAGUGGGUAUAUUGUAUGGGUUAACAAACACAUGUGUCGGGCACCCAUGGGAUACCCUAAAAACCAAGAUGCAAGCCCAAGCAGGCUUCGAGAAAACCGGGCUUUUCCAGACACUCACAAAGACUCUCAGGUCCCAGGGUGUCAUUGGUCUGUACAGAGGAUGUAUUCCGCCUCUGUGGGGGUCUGGCAUCUACAGAUCCGUGCAGUUUGCUGUAUUUGAAGGGGUGUACACAUUACUGAAUGAGCCAAACUUUAAUUUUGAAAUUCCUCUAACUGCUGGGCUGCAACCGCGGGUAAUUAUAGCAGGUGCAGUAGCGUCUACCUCUAGAGCUAUUAUAGAAACUCCACUGGAAUUUGCCAAGAUUAAGAGACAAACUCAGCAAACAUGGGAACUCAGGAAGGUGUACACGGGCUUUGGAGUUACUUGGUUGCGCACCAUGGGCCUGAUGAGUUCAUAUUUUAUCUUUGUGGACACGGGUAGGCGAAAUUUCCCCGAGUACUUCGCCCGGCCCAUACUUGGACCAUUUCUCAUAUCAGGGAUGGCAGCUACCAUGGCAUGGUGGAUUGUGUGGCCAUUAGAGUACAUGAAAUCACAAGUCCAGAGUGGUUAUGCCAACCAAAACGAGUCGGUGCUGAAGAGAAUGGCAACCGUUAUACGUGAGCGGGGAUUUUUCUCCCUAUACCGGGGAAUUUUGCCCGGUACCAUAAGAAGCUUCACAGCCAAUGGAACGAGUAUGGUUGUCAUGACGUUUGCACAGAGAAAGGUUUCUGAAAUGGGUCUUAGGGAUUGAUGGUUAUACAUGAUGAUUUUAAGCUCGUCUGUUCUUUAAAGAAAACAGUCAAGGUAAAGAGUUGUUGUCGUUGGCAGCAGUGUGCAAAAACUUUAACCUUUAAGCCAUCACUAAAAACUGUAUUUAAAUGAAACUUGGUACACAUGUUCUAACAGACAUUAUAUGCAUAGUAAGGCUAUGGAUUGAAUAAAUGUUGAGUUUGUCCCCUUGAUCGACUGAAAAAAAACACAGACGAGCGUUUGCAUGUGCUUUUGUUGACUUUCAUAUGUAUACGAUUUAGUCUGUGUUUCGAGGGUCGAUGUAUUGUCAAAGCUUUGGCGGCAUUGCUUUUGUCAACAUAUGUAUUACGGCAGCUUGGGAGUCAUUUGCAGCAGCAUGAAAAAAUGUUAACAUUGAGCAAUAAAUCAAACACUUUAUAAGAUAUUAUCAUAAAGCUCUGGUGAACAGACUUUAUGUUGGCAUUUUGUUUUUUGAAAAUGGUUGAAUUUAAGUUAUUUUGCACUACUUCUAUGAACAAAGACCAAACAAAAACUACCAGGUACUCAUUUGAGUCCGAGCCUAAACUUAAUUUACAUUACUAAUGCUGAUUCUUAUGUCACAUAUUUCAAUAGUUAUUAUCAAUAGGACCAAUUUGGACUUUAGUCCAUGUUUUAUCAUUGUUACAAGUGGAUGUUUUAUAAUUGUUAUAAGAAUUUUAUUACCAUGUACAUGUAUUCAGGGAGAAAGAUUGCUGCCACAUGUAGGUGGAGUGUUAAGGGUUUUUACAUCCUUAUAUGUUAGAUAUUACAGUUUAUUGUAUUCGCAGUAUGUUGCGUUGCGAUGUUAUUUGCUCAAAUUCACAAGGAAACUUAAUACUCUUGCGAAGAUAAAAUAAUGAGAUUAAUUAAUCAGGUUCGACAAGCUGACCUAGGAGUGACAGUCUACGUCGGCGAUACGAACUGUGGGUGAGGGGUGUCCCACGGGUAGUUAAUGGCUAUGCAAAACAGGGAUAUCGAGGAUAUUCAAAAUACCAAUAUUUCUCUGAAAAUAAGCAUAAAAAGAAACAAAAAAAAAUGUUAAUUGUUUUUAACUAAGGUCAUAGAAAAAUGCUAUUUUCUAAGACUCUCUUAAAAUGAUAAAAAAACGAUAUCACAUUAAUAUCGUCUAUAUAAUAUAUCACUGGUUAAAUUUUCAUUUUUUGCAACGAAUGUGUUAUGUGAUAAAGAGAAUCUUACAUUCGUUGCAGUUUGAUACAAAAUGUCAUGACAUUUGUUAAGGAAAGUUGUAAAGCUCGUCAACGGCUUAUUUCAUAACUUUUCCUAACUGUAAUGUAUAUACAUUGUUUUUGUACUCAUGUAAGCUCUUAUAUUUACUGAACUUUUUGCUAUGCAAGCUAUGCAAUAUGUUACAUUAUUAUAAUGUACGGCUAAUGUCAAUCUCAUCAAAACCAGAUUCCAAAUACUCGCUUCACGACGUUCACGACUUUACGCUAUGGCCUUUAUUGAGUGCAACUGCUAAUGAAUAUGCUAGUUGGAGAGGUCAACUUCAGGUGACACCAAUGCCAUGUUCUAAAGUCGCAUGCAGGACCACGAAAUGAUUUUUAUAAAAUUGGUUGAUAUAAGUUUGUGUUAGUUAUGUAAGCAUACAAUAACUGUUUUACAUUUUAUUAAAGUUGCAUAUUUUACACACUUUCUUCCACGUUUUUGCAUUCUUUGAAAACAAAUAUGUAUCAUAUUGAAUCUCAAACUAAACAUUAACUGUCAUUUAGUUGUAUAGUGAAUUGCAGUGAAUUGUUUUCCAGUUAUCCAGGUAAUCUCCUACAAGUUUUAAUGAACAUAUUUCAAGGGAUGUAUUUCCCUUUAAAAUGAAUGAUUUGCAUCACACAUUUUCUCAGAAGUAGCCAGCUAUGCCUUGUUUGUGUUUACAGAUGAUCGUGUUUUUCUCAUUAAUUUAAAUGAUCACAUCAGAGGCAUUAAUAUAGAUAAGCGCCUUUAUUUUGAAUUAAAAAUAAUGAUUUGAUUACCGUUAAUCAAGAAUUUCUAGUCAAUUAAAAAGUUUGUGAUAUUCAGAAACAUGAUUCCAUUCCCUGGAAUUACAGUUAACUAUAGAUAUUAUUUUUGAUAUUAGAGGAGAGAAAUAUUCAUAAGGUAUUAUUAUCAUCCUGACAUUUUGUUUCACUAGAAUAUUAGGAGAUCAUAUUUUUACAAGGGAACAAAUAAGCACGGUUAUUUAUAGGGCGACGACGCCCUCGAGUUAUGUAGCUUCACUUCUAUUCAUAUUUUUCCAAAUAUAAUUGGAAUAUUAGGAUUUUUGCUCUAGUACGAUGAAAAACAUCAUUUCGGUAAUUAUCCUGUCCUAAAAUUAUCUGAAUACAUAUUAAUUGUUUCGAAGUAAUUUAAAAAGCUACAAACGUCUUUAACACCUCUGACAAGCCAACCUAUACGUGUGCUUCCUUAAAGCAGGGCAUUGCCGAAGAAAAUUUAUAACAAUCCGUUCAAUUUUUAUCUUUAAGGAUUUUAGGGACAACCACAGUUACCAUAAUUUUCAAAAAUAAACCCUUCAUUUUAGUAGAAAAAUGUUCAUGCAUUGGCCAAAACUGUUAGUUGAAAAUGCAUUUUACAUGUAUAAUACAAUGUUUAUUGUAUAUUUUGUAUGCAAGAUUUUUUUAUACAUUGUAUAUUUCUAAUGCUAGAUUUUGAUUUCAUUUAACAUAGCCAUGUAAUUUUCUUGGUUGUACAAUGAACUCUUAAAUACUGUGUUGUAAUCUAACCUUUAUGUUUGAUGUAAUUAUUUGUACAAUAAUUACGAUGAUAUGAGAGUGAUGGGUGCGCGUUUACAUUUGGUUUACAUGAUAAAUUGUGGCAAUUUGGGGUUACACGUAUCAGUUGAUUGUUAAUGGAGAAAUGAUAUAGGAGUCUAUUUUAACAUUUUUCAUGUAUGAGAAGUUGAUAGAAGCUACAUCUUAAAUCAAUAAACUUUUGAUGGUGUAAAUAUAAUAUUUAUUUAAUAUAGUAUCGUUUAUAUAAGUUUGAAAAUGAUAUUUACUAAAUUUCUUAUGGUCAAGACCACCUGGGAGCAAUAUGUCCAAGAAACCACUCCUGAUAUAUCCUCAGUAUACCAUUCAUGGCCAUGAUGGAAAAACUGUCAUUGUUAACCGCCAAGGCUUGUCUUUAUAAAUUUUAGAAAAUACAAAUUAAGCCCGCAUUCAAUUCUUCUCAUUAAUUAAAACGUUUUUUUUUGUAAAAUGCAAGAUACAUUUAAAUGAUUUUGAGGUUGUAAAUUUGUAUUGUAAUAAAAAUAUAAAUCCAAGAAAAUGAUGGAUUUCAAAAACAAGUAAAUAGAACAAAGGAUGGCAUGUGUUAUUUACUACAAGCUCAAUGGGGACCAUUUUUUUACAAUUAUAGAUCUCAUUAAAUAAAGGCAGGGUAAAGCUCAUGAUAUUGGCACAACAUCUUUAGGUAAAAACCGCACAUAGAAUCGUUGGCAUAAAAUAGAAUAUAUAUUAUUUUUAUAAUCAGCACAUUUCAUUUUAUUGUUACCAUACUCGCAUUGUUAUAUUUAUACAAACCUCGCACUCUAGUUAAGAUUCUGGCACGCCCAACAACCCAGCCAUAAUCUUAAACCCUCCAAUUGUAAUCCUCAAACACAACUUCUACUCACACUCCAGCUACAAACACGAAUCUCGAGUAAUAAUCCUGUCACCCAAUCCUCACACUUCUCUUUAUCAAACAUCAAUAGUCAAACUUUAUAUUCAAGUAUUAUUGAUAUGGGUUAUGCAGAGACCUUCACGAACGUCUUGAGUUUGAGACUCUUGAAAAUGUUACAGAAUGUCUUUGAUAUUGUCUUUUCUGAAAUAUAAGUGUGCGAAGCCAUACUUUAUUACUUAUGUAACUAUUUUCACAGUCAAUGUUCUCCUCAUACUCAAUGAACAAAAAUCUGAUUUAAGUGUCAAACUCAGACUCAAGACUUAUGAAUUUGGGCAUACUGCAGUAGGGUAUAUCGGCGGUAAUUUCCUUGAUUUGUAAUCACCACUGCCUUGCUUUUUUGCGACUGUAUUUUAUUUUUUAUGAUAUUUUUUCAUUCGAUUUCAUAUGAAAGUUAUACAAGUAUGCCUGAUGUGAGAAAAUAGCAGCUAUGUGCGUGAACAAAAUAUAUUUGAGAUAGUAGGUUGAGCAUUUUUCAGUGCACAUUUUAUAGGUUGCAGGAGUGGUUGUUCUUGGUUCGCGUAUAAUUAAUGAUAUUUUUGUCUUUAUGUUUUUUUACCGACAUUUAGGCCUUGUCAACGGGUUCUUCCCUUCACCGUACAGUGAUAGCUACCGUCACGUUAUGGUAUUCAAAGUCACGUGAUGUAACAAAUCGGAACUUUCUUUCAUUUAAAAAAAUAUUUGAAAACAACAUUAUAUUUUGGAAAUUUGAUAAAUGAUUGCAUAAAUAAGCGUUACAAACUUAUAUAGAAAAAACAUCCAGCAUUUGUUCAUGCGGCAGAGAUCUUCGCUGCUCGUCAAGGGAGAUCAGUGCGUAAGAGAUUGGUUAAAUAUAUAUGAUGUGCCGUGAAUAAAUUGUUGUACCUAUAACGCGAUGUACCAAUCGGAAAAAGUUUCAGGUAAAAUCUGCACCAACAAUUUUAGUUGCAUUAAAGUAGAAUAUCUUGGUCAUCGUCUUGUCAUAUAUAUAUAGUUAAUUUGUUUAUAAAAGGUGUGCCAUUGUUUUCUUAUUGUAUUUAAACCAUAUUAUGACUGGCAGCUCAUUCUGGUUUUUGAUAAAUGAAAAUCUAUGGGGUUUUUUACUUGUUGUUGAUGCGUGUUUUUAUUCUGAUUGCUGAUUCAUCUAGGUCUGAAGAUAUUUUGAUAUUGUAUUAUUGUGUACUUUAUACAUCAUAUGGCUGUAAAAAAUAUGUAUAUUUUAAAUUAAAUUGGA